CUCCAUCCAAGCUCUCGCCGUCUCCAUUUCGCGGUGCCCCCUCUCUCACUAUUUCGUCUUCAUGCUGACGGUGCUUUGACUUUACUGUCUCCUCUCCCCCGGUAUUCGAACUAGCGCCUCAAGCUUCGUUUGCGCGAAGCCACUUCAGUUUCUGCCUGUUGCUCUGGACCUGGACGGUCCUGCUUCUCCGCAAUCAUGACGGCCGGACUUAAGACGAUCAUCGCCCUCUCCUUUGUCCUCGCCAUUGGCUUCCUGCUCGUCAUCCUGUCGUCGGCGCUAUGGCACAACUUCCUGCCGUUGGUGGUUGUUGCGACUUACGUGGUUGCUCCGCUGCCCAACUGGAUCUGCUCGCGAUGCGCAAACCCCGAUGAUUUCAUGGACAGCUCGGGCAACGCUGCCGCCGACUUUGGUCGUUUCAUGACAGGCUUCCUGGUGUUGAUGGGUAUUGCCCUCCCAGCCGUCCUUGCGCACAGCGGCGCUAUCGAGAUUCCCGCCAUGGUCAUGUCCAUCAUCGGCGGUCUUUUAAUCUACGGAACCAUCAUCAGUUUCUCCAUGUUCUUCAAGGAGCAGGAAGACUUCUAAAGUUGCCAUGCGCAGAUAUCCGCAAGACCGGCUUCGCAUUGGAUACCCGCCCGCAGAUUGCUCGACCGACCUUUGGAAGCCAGCCGCCUUCAUGUUCUUGACCAAUGCACCUUUAUGAGACAUCGCUUUGAUUUGACGUAUGCUAGGAGUACUGAUGUGCCUUUUGAUCCCGGGCUUAGCCGUUGAUUACCACCUUUCCCUGUUCGACGAUACGAUUGAUGUACUAUAGCCAGUAUGAGGUUAUAUAGAAACGCUGCCGGCGCAGUUUGAAACGC